AUGAAGAGUUGCAGAACCUUAAUUUUUGUGGCAAUAAUUCUCAACGGGCUGAGUACUUUCGUUGCACAUGCCGGUGCUGAGAGCAAGGUUCACAUAGUUUAUUUGGGUGAGAAGCAGCACGAUGAUCCCGAGUUUGUCACGGAAUCUCAUCAUCGGAUGUUGUGGUCACUUCUUGGAAGUAAAGAGGAUGCCCAUAGUUCAAUGGUCCAUAGUUACCGACAUGGCUUCUCGGGUUUUGCAGCCAAGCUUACCAAGUCCCAAGCCAAGAAGCUUGCAGAUUUACCUGAAGUUGUUCACGUCACGCCGGAUAGCUUCUACCAACUAGAUACAACUCGGACUUGGGACUACUUAGGCCUUUCCGUCGCCAAUCCUAAAAAUCUUCUAAAUGACACUAAUAUGGGUGAAGAAGUUAUCAUUGGCAUUGUAGACUCAGGAGUUUGGCCAGAAUCUGAAGUCUUUAAUGACAAUGGGAUUGGACCAGUGCCAAGCCACUGGAAAGGAGGCUGUGUAUCAGGAGAGAAUUUCACUUCCUCUCAGUGCAACAAAAAGCUUAUAGGAGCCAAAUACUUCAUCAAUGGGUUUCUUGCGACGCACGAAAGCUUCAACUCCACAGAAUCACUUGACUUUAUUUCCCCUAGAGACCGUAGCGGACAUGGCACGCAUGUAGCCACCAUAGCGGGUGGUUCCUACGUGCCUAGCAUAAGCUACAAGGGGUUAGCUGGAGGGACUGUGAGAGGUGGGGCACCACGUGCUCGUAUAGCGAUGUACAAAGCUUGUUGGUAUCUAGAUCGUUUUGACAUAAAUACAUGUUCAUCUGCUGAUAUCUUGAAAGCUAUGGAUGAAGCUAUGCAUGAUGGUGUUGAUGUUUUGUCCUUGUCUAUCGGCUAUCGUUUUCCUUACUUCCCAGAAACUGAUGUUCGCGCCGUGAUAGCCACGGGAGCAUUCCAUGCUGUUUUAAAGGGUAUCACAGUUGUUUGUUCGGGAGGUAACUCUGGUCCUGCGGCUCAGACUGUGGGAAACACGGCUCCAUGGAUUUUGACAGUGGCUGCAACUACUUUAGACCGAUCUUUUCCCACACCUAUCACACUUGGGAACAAUAAACUGAUAUUGGGUCAAGCAAUGUACACCGGUCCAGAACUUGGCUUCACUAGCUUGGUUUACCCAGAGAAUCCAGGGAACAGCAACGAGAGUUUUUCUGGUGACUGUGAGCUUCUAUUUUUCAACUCCAAUCAUACAAUGGCGGGGAAAGUCGUGUUAUGCUUCACAACAUCAACACGUUACAUCACUGUAUCAAGUGCUGUGUCUUAUGUGAAGGAAGCUGGUGGUCUUGGCGUAAUUGUAGCAAGAAACCCCGGCGACAAUCUUUCACCAUGUGAAGAUGAUUUUCCUUGUGUUGCUGUUGACUACGAGCUUGGGACAGAUAUACUUUUAUACAUACGUUCCACAGGAUUACCUGUUGUGAAGAUACAACCUUCUAAAACACUUGUUGGACAACCAGUGGGCACAAAGGUUGCAGAUUUCUCAUCAAGAGGACCUAAUUCAAUUGAGCCUGCCAUCCUCAAACCGGAUAUAGCAGCACCAGGAGUGAGCAUAUUAGCGGCUACAACUACCAAUAAAACUUUCAACGACCGAGGAUUCAUUUUCUUGUCAGGGACAUCAAUGGCAGCUCCUACCAUUUCAGGAGUUGUUGCUCUUCUCAAAGCUCUGCACCGUGAUUGGUCUCCUGCUGCCAUUAGAUCAGCCAUUGUCACCACAGCUUGGAGAACAGAUCCAUUUGGAGAGCAGAUAUUUGCAGAAGGGUCACCUCGGAAGCUAGCUGAUCCGUUUGACUAUGGUGGAGGCCUUGUGAAUCCAGAGAAAGCUGCAAAACCUGGUCUUGUAUAUGACUUGGGACUUGAAGACUAUGUUCUCUACAUGUGCUCUGUUGGUUACAACGAGACAUCAAUCUCUCAACUUGUCGGAAAAGGAACAGUUUGUUCGAAUCCCAAACCAUCUGUUCUUGAUUUUAACUUGCCUUCCAUCACAAUCCCAAACCUCAAAGAUGAAGUCACUCUCACCAGAACCCUCACUAACGUUGGACAACUUGAGUCGGUCUAUAAAGUUGUGAUCGAGCCACCGAUAGGCAUUCAAGUGACUGUGACACCAGAGACGCUUCUGUUUAACUCUACAACCAAAAGGGUCUCUUUUAAAGUCAAAGUUUCGACCACACACAAAAUCAACACAGGUUACUUCUUUGGAAGCUUGACUUGGAGUGACUCUCUACAUAAUGUGACCAUUCCUCUCUCUGUGAGAACUCAAAUUUUGCAGAACUACUACGAUGAAAACUGA